UCCUGCUGGCAGCUCUUCCUGAGUGCUUGUCAGUAGGGAUCCAUCUUCACGCCCACUUUCGCUGGCCCCUGUAACUGGGAAGCACUUUCCUGGGCCUGCAGCAUCUCAGCUGGGCAAGGCUGGCAUGCAUCCCCGCCUCCAGCUCUGGGGACCAUCCUGGAUCCCUCCCUGUGAUGUCAGCGGAAUCCUGAGCUAGACUGAGGGAAAGGCCCAGGAUCUCCACCAGAGGAGUCCAGAUGGGGUGGACCCAGGGGUGGCCGCCCGGGGCCGGAGCGCCAACCUCGCGUCCCCGGGCGCCGCCCCCGUGUCCCGCCCGCGCCACGCUCCGCCCCGGUCGCCGCUCGUCCCGCGUGGGAGCCGACCCGGCUCAGCCUGAUUUACGGCUCUGCUGAAAACCGCUCGUGCGGCUCCCGCAGCAUCAGCACCGGCGGCUGCAGCGGCAGCAACAAGUCGGGACUUUCAGAGUGAUGCAACAGACGACUUUUGAGGAAAGCCGGUACCGUUGGCAGGACUCGCUGGAGAAUGUCGCUGUGUGCCUGCCAUUCCGCUGCCCAAGGUGUGGAGACCAUACCAGAUUUAGAAGCUUGUCGUCCUUGAGGGCCCAUCUGGAAUUCAGUCACAGCUACGAGGAGCGGACCCUCCUGACAAAAUGCAGCCUCCUGCCAUCUCUGAAAGACGCAGACCUAGUCAGGUCCUCGGAACUCCCGAAGCAGGGAAAACUGCUCCGGGGCCACGCCAAGGUGACCAAGCAGAAGCCCAGCUAUGUUAACUUGUACAGCAUCUCCCACGGGCACUCCAAGGACCCGAAGCCCUUUGAGGUGGUGGCGGAGAGGCCCGUGUCCUAUGUGCAGACCUACACGGCCGUGGACAUUCGGGCUGACUCUCUGGAAGCCCCCCGAUCGAGCCCUGGACUUCCCACCCCAGACACCAAAGCUGCUUUCGAGGCCCACGUCCGAGAAAAGUUCAAUCGCAUGGUGGAGGCGGUGGACAGGACCAUCGAGAAGAGAAUCGAUAAACUCACCAAAGAGUUGGCCCAGAAAACCGCGGAACUGUUGGAGGUCCGGGCAGCCUUCGUGCAGCUCAAUCACAAGAAGCAGGAGGUUCAGAGGCGAGAACGCGCCCUGAACAGACAGGUGGACGUGGCCGUGGAAAUGAUCGCGGUGCUGAAACAGCGCCUCACAGAAUCCGAGGAGGAGCUCCUGAGGAAAGAAGAAGAAGUUGUCACAUUCAACCAUUUCCUGGAAGAGGCUGCUGAGAAGGAAGUUCAAGGGAAAGCGAGGCUCCAGGACUUCAUUGAGAACCUCCUGCAACGGGUAGAACUGGCGGAAAAGCAGUUGGAGUACUAUCAAAGCCAGCAGGCCUCCGGCUUCAGCCGCGAUAUCAGCGAGCACGUGCUCACAGACAUCUCAUCGAAUAGGAAGCCCAGAUGUCUAAGCCGAGGGCAUGCACAUUCUGUGUGUAACCACCCAGAGCUGAGGGCCCAUCUCCACCUAAAGGGGAGGAGCUACCUGAAGAAGGCCAAGGAUGAAAGAGUCGGGAUGCAGCCUGCCAAGGCCAUUCACGAACAGGCUGAGUCUCCAAGAGAAUUCUUCAGACCAGCGAAGAAGGGGGAUCAUCUGGGCCUGAGCAGGAAAGGCAACUUCAGGCCCAAACUGGCUAAGAAGAAGCCGACAGCAAUUGUGAAUAUCAUCUAGAGCAUGGGUGGCUCGGAGACAUCGCCACAGGGCUUGGGGAAUGAUGUCCCAGGGGCCAACAGGGUUGUCCUUUUGGGCAUGUUGCCGUAGGAAGACACCGCAGAGCAAGGGGCCCACAGGGACACCCUGAUGAACCAGAAGUUAGCAAAGGGGGUCUCUGUGAACCAAGAUUGUAUUUCAACCUACUUGAGGUGCAAGCAAAGCAAAUUACAUAAACAAUAAGAAAUACUAAAGUAAAAUUUGAGUUCUGGUAGACAUGAACCCAUAACUUCUAGAAUAAUUGGCCCGGUCUCCAGCAGUCCUGGCAUCUGGACUUCUGUGCAGUGGUCAUUACUCAGGUCACACAAGAUGCCAGGCCCUCAUGUCCACUGCUCUCUGCAUUAUGGGGCAAGGAAUGUGACUGUGAAGUUCUUCUACUUUUUAAAAAGCUAUAUCUUAUUAUUGUUGGUGUUUUGAGGCAGGGCCUGGCUCUGCUAUGUAGCCCAGGCUGGCUUCGAACUGGCAGUAAUCCUCCUGCCUCUGCCUCCCGGGUGCUGGGAUUACAGGCAUGUGCCACCACACCCAGCUGGGAGUGUAAAGUUCUGGCCAGGGUAGUGAAAUAAAAGGUCUUUGUUCUUGUUUGUGUUUAAAUUCCCCUUGAUACAUUUGAAAGUCUCUGUAGAAAAAGUUCCGGAUACCCUUGAGUGUUCUGGUUAAUCAAGACUUCAUUCUCCUGGGUGGCUUACUGAUGGGUUCAGUUAGACCUUGGUUCUCACUUUGCCAGGUGGCUUUUAGGUUUGUUUAAUUCAGAUCUGGGGUCCUUCAGAACACAUUCAUUCAGAUUUGGGCGCAUCCCACCUGCCUUCUUUGGCUAAGCACGUGACACCCUCAGAGCUGUCUGCCAGCCUGUACCUAGGUAGCUGCUAAAACCCUUGGGGUCAGCAGCAUCAUUGGUGCGGUGUCCGAGUUCUUGAAGUGCCAGAGGAUGGCACAUUCAGCGUACCAGGAACACCCUGGACAUGCUGCAGGGACGCCCAGCUUCUGCUGCCACCUGCUUCCCCGGAAGUACCACAGGCUUGCUAUCUGUUAACUGUGAGCAAGCAUGCCCUUCUCUUUGCUGUUUUCUUUUUCUACCCGGAAGCUCACUUCACCUCCGAUUGCUUCUAUGACUAGUGUACACUUCCCACCUGUCAGCCAUACACCUAGGGUGUUCAUUGUGCAGUGCAUUCUAUUGUAAUUUCAGGAAAAAUAAAAGGAUGUAUGACCUCUGACACCAUCCUCCGCAAAUGGUAUUGUUCCCGUAGAAGAACUCUCAAGAAUCUCCCAUUUUUUUAAAUGUUCUUCUAGAAGGAAUGUCCAUGUUUUUCCUUAAAUCGCACAAUACUAUCAGGUCUCUAGAGUGUGCACAUGCUGACAUCCUUCCUCAAACAGGGAUAAUGUUGUCCAUAAGUAUAUACAUAUAUAAUACACAUACAAUAUAUAUAUAUGUCAAGCAUAUUAAUAAUUUAUUUUUAAAUACUCAUGGAAGAUGUAUGUGUUUGUGGUGGGUGGCUUUAAAACUAUAUAACUUUGCUUCUGGAAAUCAAAUUCUCUUACUUCAAAAAUGAGAACUAUAACCUAAUUAACACUAGUAGAAUUAUUGUUAUUGCAACAAUCAUCUGAGUAGCAUUACAUUAAAAAUAGAUAAUAAAGCAGUUACUUAGGAUGACAAUAAACUGAAAAGGAGAACUCAUCAUCUUCAGAUGCUUUGAGCCUCUCCUCAUGGAAAGGCUGAUGCUUGAGUCCUCACUGACUUCUGGCUUCUGGGGGCAGAUCUUCUGUGUGGUGUAUAUAGGCAGAUACCAAGGGAAAGAACACAGCUGUGGAUGUCACUGUUGAGGCUGAUGUUGUGGGAACGGUAGUAUUAUCAUUUAUUUAGAUAAGAAAUCUCCUCCAUAGUUAUUUAUUAUUGAGGUUCAUGUCAUGAUUGCAUUUUAGCUUUCCCCAGACUGAAGAUGUGACUGGGUGAUCGUAUUGCAUGCUCCCUGUCCCUUUGUAGUAUGUACUCAACACCACCAGCUUGGUUUUGAAGAUAGUAUAGCCGGACUUGUUUCUCAUUUUAUUUAAAGUAAUUCAUUGUUGGUGUUUAUUGAACAUGCCGAGGAGGAAUGGCAGCCCUCUUUAACAGUGAUACACAUUCAUCUUUGGGAAGCACUGUAAUGUUGUGUCUACUCUAUAGACGUUACACAAGACAAAUGGUUUUGAGAUUUAAUUACUAAAUUAAAAACUUCUUUUAAGUUUCAUCUGGAUUCUGACCCCCAUGCAAGGAAAUGUACUAAGCUCAAUAGACUUCCUAGGGACAUAAAUCUGCUGUUGAAGUACGGGAACUGGUUCGGGGAGGGGAUCAUUCAUUCACACCAUGGCCAAGUUCCAUUUAUGCACUAUCUUCAGGUUUGUUUUUUGUUCCCUGAGGCAAUCAACCUUAGAUUUGAGACAGUGACUUUUUGAAUAAAUCACCAAAGUUUUUGAGAAACAAUAGUCAAUGUUUAACUAAUGUAAAAAUUGAACUUUAUUAUUUGUUUUGUAAGGGGAAAAGAUCUGCUCUUUCCUCCCAACCUUCCCCCAGAAACUAAGAACAUAUUCUUAUCUGUAAGUGUGGCUUGCUUGGAAGCUGUUUUCCAGUAUUCUGCAGGGUCAGUUAAUUGUGUAGAAGUUAGAAUAUUUCUGAUCCCAGGGUGAAAAAAGAGGAAGUUUUUAGAUUAUGAAAUAUUAUGAUAAUAAAGUUAUAUUUCUGACUAA